GAUGGUCAACGACCGGUGGAAGACCAUGGGCGGCGCUUCCCAACUUGAGGACCGGCCGCGUGACAAGCCGCAGCUGUCUCUUCCUGAGUCUGCACGGCAGACACCCACGUGUGGGGCAGGGCGUGUCAUUAUUGCCUCCACUUUACAGUGGCCAAGCUGCGGCUACGUGCUGUGCACGGUGCUGCUCUCGCUGGCGGUGCUGCUGGCCGUGGCCGUCACGGGCGCCGUGCUCUUCCUGAACCACACCCACGUGCCAGGCACGGCGCCCCCGCCCGUCGUCAGCACCGGGCCCGCAGGUGCCAACAGCGCCCUGGUCACCGUGGAGAGGGCCGACAGCUCGCGCCUCAGCAUUCUCAUCGACCCGCGCUGCCCCGACCUCGCCGACGGCUUCGCCCGCCUGGAGGGCGCCCAGGCCUCCCUGCUGCAGGCCCUGGCGGAGCUUCAGGCCCAGCCGAGGCUGGCGGGCGAGCGGGAGCGGGAGCUUCUGGACACGCUGGUGGACCAGCUGCCCCGGCUGCUGGCCCGGGCCUCCGAGCUGCAGGCGGAGUGUGUGGGGCUGAGGAAGGGCCUCGGCGUGCUGGGCCAGGGGCUCGGCGCCCUGCAGAGCGAGCAGGGCCGCCUCAUCCAGCUUUUCUCCGAGAGUCAAGGCCACAUGGCUCACCUGCUGAACUCGGUCAGUGACGUACUAGACGCCCUGCAGAGGGACCGGGGGCUGGGCCGGCCCCGCGUCAAGGCUGACCUUCAGAGGGCGCCUGCAAGGGGACUGCGGCCCCGGGGCUGCGCCAGCGGCUCUCCGCCACGCGACUGCCUGGACGUGCUCCUGAGCGGACAGCAGGAGGAUGGCAUUUACUCAGUCUUCCCCACACACUACCCUGCCGGCUUCCAGGUCUACUGUGACAUGCGCACGGAUGGCGGCGGCUGGACGGUGUUUCAGCGCCGGGAGGACGGCUCCGUGAACUUCUUCCGAGGCUGGGAAGCGUACCGGGACGGCUUCGGCAAGCUCACGGGGGAGCACUGGCUAGGGCUCAGGAGGAUCCACGCUCUGACCACGCAGGCCGCCUACGAGCUCCACGUGGACCUCGAGGACUUCGAGAACGGCACGGCCUACGCCCGCUACGGGAGCUUUGGCGUGGGCUUGUUCUCCGUGGACCCGGAGGAAGACGGCUACCCGCUCACCGUGGCCGACUACUCGGGCACUGCAGGGGACUCCCUCCUGAAGCACAGCGGCAUGAGGUUCACCACCAAGGACCGCGACAGUGACCACUCGGAGAACAACUGCGCCGCCUUCUACCGCGGCGCCUGGUGGUACCGCAACUGCCACACGUCCAACCUGAACGGGCAGUACCUGCGGGGCGCGCACGCCUCCUACGCCGACGGCAUCGAGUGGUCCUCCUGGACCGGCUGGCAGUACUCGCUCAAGUUCUCCGAGAUGAAGAUCCGGCCGGUCCGCGAGGACCGCUAG